AUGUAUGAAAACCAGACUAUAAUUACAGAAUUCAUCCUCCUGGGAUUUGGGGAUAUUUAUAGUUUUCAGAUUCUUCUCUUCCCACCAUUUCUAGUCAUUUAUAUUGUAACUGUGAUGGGAAAUACUCUCAUCUUUGGCCUUGUUGUAUUUGAUAGACACCUGUAUACUCCCAUGUACUUCUUUCUGGGUAACCUCUCCUUCUUAGAGGCUUGCUACUCCUCCACUCUAUUUCCAAGGAUGCUUCUGGCUUUCUUGACUGGGAACAGAAUGAUUUCCUUUGAUAGCUGCCUCAUCCAAUGGUACAUCUAUUGUUCCUUGGAAGUUACAGAAUGCUGUUUGCUGUGUGCGAUGUCUUAUGACAGGUAUCUAGCAAUCUGUAAACCACUUCAUUAUGCAAUAACCAUGACUUCCCAGACUUGUAUCCAAUUAGCAGCUGCAGCUUGGAUUAAUGGCUUUUUCAUUUGCUUAAUAUUACUCAUCAUGAUGUUGCAGUUAACGUUUUGUGGCCCUAAUGAAAUGGAUCAUUAUUUUUGUGACUAUUUUCCAAUACUAAAAGUCUCCUGCAGUGAUACUAGUUUGAUUAAAAUGGUCGGUACUGUUGUGGCAGCCGUUUUUACACUCCCUCCUUUUCUUCUAACCUUGACAUCCUAUGUAUACAUCAUAGCAACCAUGUUGAAAAUCCCCUCCUCCACAGGGAGGAAGAAGGCCUUUUCCACUUGCUCCUCUCACUUGGUUGUGGUUUCUAUUUUCUAUGGGUCACUAAUGAUUGCAUAUAUGGUACCAGAGCAAGAAUUAAAGAGAAACAUGGGGAAGUUUCCAUCUCUCCUGUACACAGUGCUGCCCCCUUUGCUUAACCCUUUCAUAUAUAGCCUGAGAAACAAAGAGGUAAAGGAUGCACUAAGAAAUAUUGUUGAAGGGGAGGGCUUCUCGGUGAAAUCCAUCAAGAGGCAGAUGGCAGCGCUGUCCUUCCUUAGAUUUGAGUUGCAUCUACAGCCGCAGCUAAGAGUUAUGGGGGUGAGGCCAUUCGUCGUGUGGGACGUUGGAAGUCUGGGACCUAUCGAGCCUAUGUACGACCAUUGCGGCCUUGAGGUUGGGGUGCUUCCGGCCGAGGAUGCCAAGGGGAACAACAAGAAUCUUUCCGAAGAGGACUGCAAUGGAAGACAGGGUGCACUUUACUAA